AUGCAGGACGACACGCGCCUUUGGAGAGAGGCUGGUGAGGAGAAUGUCUGGAAGCCUGAAGCUACUGGAACUUCGCUUUAUUUCAACGCCAUUAAUCGAAAUAAACGCUCAAUUGCCGUCAAUUUGAAGAACGAGAAAGGGAAAAACCUCGUAUUGGACUUGGCACGCAAGGCAGACGUCGUGGUGGAAAAUUUCAUUCCUGGAAAAUUAGAUAAGAUGGGCCUCGGAUAUGAUACUCUGAAAAGUGUCAACCCGUCUAUUAUUCUGGCUAGUAUAUCGGGCUACGGUGCAGAUGGUCCAUAUGCCCAGCGUGCAGGAUACGAUGUGAUUGGAGCGGCUGAAGGUGGUUUACUUCAUAUCACUGGCGAAGCAGACGGCCCUCCUACCAAACCAGGCGUUGGUUUAAUGGAUAUGUGUACGGGGCUAUAUCUCCACGGCGCAAUUACGUCUGCAUUGCUUGCACGUGAAAAGACCGGUUUCGGACAGAAGAUCGAUACCUCACUCUUCGAAACCACGAUAUCGAUUCUCGCGAAUGUAGGGAUGUCUUGGAUGAAUCUUGCCAAAGAAGCGCAAAGAUGGGGAACAGAGCACCCCACUAUUGUGCCUUACGAAGCAUUCAAAACGAAAGACUCGUAUUUCGUCAUUGGUGCGGUCAAUAACAGGCAAUUCAAAAACCUGUGUCUACGCUUAGGGCACGAGGAUCUGGCAAACGACCCUCGGUUUCUAGACAAUAAUUCCAGAGUCCAAAAUCGAAAGGAUCUGAAGCGCAUUCUGAGAGAGUCCUUUGCGCUAGGGACAACUGAAGAAUGGGAAGAAGCUUUCGAAGGAAGCGGGAUGCCUUACGGUCCUAUCAACACCCUCGAAAAAGUAUUUUCGCAUCCGCAGGCUCUAGCGAGAAGAAUGGUGGAAGAUGUUGAACAAGAUGCAGCAGUAGGGGGAAGAAUUAAAGUUCUAGGUAUGCCGGUCAAGUUCAGCGGGUCAAAGCCCUCAAUUCGACAAGGUCCACCAUCCCUGGGACAACACACAGACGAGGUGUUGCAAGAGAUGGGUUUAUCUUCUGAUAUAAUUGCAGAACUACGCAAAGAUGGGGCAAUUUGA